AUGCUAGCUAGAUCCUCCUUAUUGCGGUCUCAAGUGGGUCUGAUAUUACCAAAAUCACGAAAUGCCAUUACUAAACAAACUUCAAUCGCACCACAACUACCAACCAUUCUUCGAGGAUUCAGCUCCGUGUCACAAUUGAUGGCUCCUACGCCAUCAGCUACUUCUGCCUCGCUCAAUUUCUUCCAAAACAAAUCAUUACCAGCAAACACGGUGAUUAAAUUUGUUCCUCAGCAACAAGCAUGGAUUGUUGAACGAAUGGGUAAAUUUCAUCGUAUAUUACCACCAGGAUUGGCCAUUUUGAUUCCAUUAUUGGACAGAAUCACCUAUGUUCAAUCAUUAAAAGAAUCAGCUAUUGAAAUCCCCACCCAGAGUGCUAUCACGUCGGAUAAUGUAUCGUUGGAGUUAGACGGGGUACUUUACGUGAAAGUUGUUGAUCCAUACAAGGCCAGCUAUGGCGUUGAGGAUUUCCAAUUUGCCAUUAGUCAAUUAGCACAAACGACAAUGAGAUCGGAGAUUGGUAACUUGACAUUGGACGCCGUCUUGAAAGAACGUCAGCAAUUAAACACCAACAUCAACAAAGUCAUUAAUGAAGCAGCUAUGAAUUGGGGAGUUGAAUGUUUACGUUAUGAAAUUAGAGAUAUCCAUCCACCCCAGAAUGUGAUUGAAGCCAUGCAUCGUCAAGUUAGUGCCGAGCGUAGUAAGCGAGCAGAAAUUUUGGAAUCGGAAGGUAACAGACAAAGCAAGAUUAAUAUAAGUGAAGGUGAAAAACAAAGUAUUAUUCUUCAAUCAGAAGCCAAUAAACAAGAACAAAUUAACUUGGCCAUUGGUGAAGCUGAACAAAUUAAGUUGAAAGCUGAUGCUACUGCUCUAGGUAUAAAAAAGAUUGCACAAGCUAUUAAAGAAACACCAGGUGGUGAAUCAGCAGUCAAUUUGCAAGUUGCUCAAGAGUACAUCAAACAGUUUGGUAAGUUGGCCAAGGAAUCAAAUACGGUGGUUAUACCUUCGAAUGUGGGGGACAUUUCUAGCUUUAUGGCGCAAGGGUUGUCAAUUUAUAAAAACUUGAACAAGGAGGUAAAGUAG